CUGUGAAUGUGACAAAAAUAAAGCUGCGAACUUUCACGCACUUACAGCACUGUCCGAGUUCGAGUCAGAGUCAUCUGUUCUGUGCCAGUGCUGUCAUCGAUUGAAAAGCCUUAACAUACCAUAUACGUUCCUAUCCGAGCCCGAUCCCAAUGCUGUGGACCGUGCACCUGGACGGAGGGCCUCAGAGGGUUAACCAUGCCGCCGUGGGCGUGGGCGACUUAAUCUACAGCUUCGGUGGAUACUGCACCGGCUAUGACUACCGCUUCAACGAGCAGAUCGAUGUGCACGUCCUGAACGCACACACUAUGCGCUGGACCCUCGUCCCACAGCAGAACGACGAAGAAGGUGUUCCUCUCAAGUAUCCGCUGGUCCCCUUCCAGCGGUACGGCCACACCGUGGUGGCCUACAAGGAGCGCAUCUACAUAUGGGGCGGACGGAAUGACGAGAACCUUUGCAACGUCCUCUACUGCUUUGACCCGAAGACUGCGAAGUGGACACGGCCCGUGGUUACUGGCUGCUUGCCCGGGGCCCGGGACGGUCACUCGGCAUGUGUCAUCGGCAACUCCAUGUACAUAUUCGGCGGUUUCGUAGAUGAGAUAAACGAGUUCAGCAGCGACGUGCACACCCUCAAUCUGGACACUAUGGAGUGGAGUUAUGUACAGACAUUUGGUGUUCCCCCCAGCUACCGGGACUUCCAUGCCGCUGUGGCCUACGAGGAAGAGCGCAUGUACAUUUUCGGGGGACGCGGCGAUAAGCACAGCCCAUACCACAGUCAGGAGGAGACCUAUUGCCAUGAGAUUGUCUUUCUGGACAUGAAGACGAAGGUAUGGCACCGUCCGUUCACGGCCGGAAAGGUCCCCGUCGGCCGGCGCAGCCAUAGCAUGUUCGUCUAUAACAAACUCAUCUACGUCUUUGGCGGCUACAAUGGGCUGCUCGACCAGCACUUUAACGAUCUGUACACGUUUGAUCCCCGCAGUAAACUCUGGAACCUAAUACGGGCCAAUGGAAAGGGGCCGACGGCCCGCCGCCGUCAAUGUGCCAUUGUGAUAGGCACACAAAUGUUCCUCUUUGGCGGCACCAGUCCACGAAUCUCCACAAGUACAACGGCGGUGCUGCAGCACGAGCAGCAGGGCGAUGCUCCGGCUGCACCUGGAGUUCAAGGCCAUGCGGAGGCCCAAGACGCCGGGCCACCGCCGGUAUUGCCUCUCAUAGAUUACAGCGACCUGCAUGUGUUAGAUUUCGAGCCAACACUGAAGACCCUGGCCACCAUGGUGGUGCUGAAGUACCAGUUGGACAUCUCCGGACUGCCACGGAGCUUUCGCGCCGACCUGCAGAUGCUCACCCAGCCGAACAGUAUUAGCCGCCCCAUCAACCAGGCCGGGUAGCAUCAAACAAGAUUCAUGGACCGAAUGCCACAAAAUGCAUAAAGGACACAUUGAAAUUAGUCUUAGCUCACACGGCGGAUGCGCUGCGGUCCGGGAAGCGGGUCCCAUAACUCCCACAACUAGUCCGCUUUCCACAGCCACACGCACACAUAUACAGAUCGAGCAAGAAAUACUGAUAUGCUGGGAAAUCCCGGUAAUUCAUGAGUUUCCGAAACUUAUUUUGGUACUUCCUUUAGAUGCUUAAAUCUCAAUUAACUCAAACAAAAUUAUGAUACUGAUAAUAACACGAGAGAUUUAGUUUGUAAAACAUUUAUAGAAAGGACCAAAUAAAGCUCCUUUAGCUGUACUUGUUCCGAAA